UGCAAGAGCUGGCUACAGAGCAGAAUCAUGGAGGAACAAUAGCAGAAUCACGAAUUGAGCUGUCACAGUUAUGACAGGAUCUUCAGUUCAUGUCAGUUUACACUGCAACGAAGAUUUAAAGGGAAAAAUCUAGUAAAAAAGAUCAUUAACUGAAGAUCAAGGGUGCGUGGAUAUUCUAACUUAAUUUUUGAAUUUUGCAAAACUGUACGUGGAUUUCAAUUGUUCCUGCAUGCUGUGCACACCACAUCAGAAUCCCAUCUGCUUAUCGUAUGCACCGUGAUACCUUUACUUUGCUGAUUGAUUAAUCGUUCAACAAACUCUAAACAUCAAUGGCUGCUUAUAUCAACCGUACGAUAUCCAUGAUCGGAGGAGAUGGUCAGCACCGAACCAAUGACCUCAGAUCAGAUAAUUCUCCUCUUCAGAUUUUUGUCAAGGCCAAGAGGAAAAUCAACGACAUCUUUGUUGAGAUUGAUGACUACGUACAAGAUGCUGUUGGAUUUAUGGAUACCCUACGAGAUGAUCGUGACAUUGUCAGUGCAAAAGAAGCGGAGCGGAUUCAAUCUUAUGUGAACAAAGUACAUGCAAUCCGAGAUGUACUCAAACGAGAUCACAUGAAAGUUGCCUUUUUUGGGAGGACUAGUAAUGGAAAGAGUACAGUCAUAAAUGCAAUGCUGCGAGAUAAGAUCUUACCAAGCGGGAUCGGACAUACCACAAAUUGUUUUCUUCAAGUAGAGGGUUCAGAUAAUGGAGAAUCGUAUCUCAUCACCGAAGGAUCCACAGAUAAACAACCUGUGCAGUCCGUGGGGCAGCUUGGGCAUGCAUUGUGCAAAGAAAAGUUAUGCGAAAGUCAUCUGGUGCGAAUUUUUUGGCCAAGAGAAAAAUGCCUCUUACUGAGAGAUGAUGUAGUGUUUGUUGACAGUCCUGGUGUUGAUGUGACACCGAAUCUUGAUGAGUGGAUAGACAAGCAUUGCCUGGAUGCAGAUGUCUUUGUUCUAGUUGCAAACGCAGAAUCCACACUUAUGGUUACAGAAAAAAAUUUUUUCCAUAAAGUUUCCAUGAAGCUAUCUAAGCCCAACAUCUUCAUCUUAAACAAUCGUUGGGACGCUUCAGCUUCAGAACCAGAAUUUUUUGACCAGCUGGUCAAUGAACAAAGGGAGGUAAGAGCACAGCACCAAGAACGUGCCAUUGACUUCCUGUCAAAAGAGCUAAAAGUUUAUACACCCAAGGAUGCGGAGGAAAGAGUCUUUUUUAUAUCAGCUAAAGAAACACUUCAAGCCCGCCUUCAAGAACAACGCGGUCAACCUGCGCAUAACGGGGCGCUCGCUGAGGGCUUUCAAAAUCGUUAUUUUGAGUUUCAAGACUUCGAACGAAAGUUUGAGGAGUGUAUAUCAAAGUCAGCAGUAAAAACUAAAUUUGAACAACAUUCACAACGCGGAAAACAUAUCGCAUUAGAAAUACGAUCAACAUUAGAUGAAAUUCUCGAACGAACCGAAAAAAUGCGUUCCCAACAAAUGACUAUAAAAAAAGAAGUCCACGACAAAUUAAAUUUCACAGAACAGCAGCUAAUACUUUUGACCCAGGAGAUGAAGGAUAAAAUUCACCGUAUGGUCGAAGAUGUGGAGCAAAGAGUUUCCAAAGCUUUGAGCGAAGAAAUCAGAAGGUUGGCUGUUUUGAUAGACGAAUUUAGCGUUCCAUUUCAUCCAGAACCUUUGGUACUGAAUGUGUAUAAAAGAGAGUUGCACAGUCACGUUGAAAAUGGAUUAGGUUCGAAUCUGCGAGCACGACUUAGUACAGCAUUGGCACUAAACAUGGAAAAUUCUCAACGUGAAAUGACCGAACGUAUGGCUAGCUUAUUACCGGAAAACAAAAAGCAGGUUUCCCUCAAUAUCCUACCAAGACGAGAGCCUUUCGAAAUCUUGUAUCGAUUAAAUUGCGACAAUCUGUGUGCCGAUUUCCACGAAGAUCUGGAGUUCAGAUUCUCAUGGGGAAUCACAGCUUUAAUCAACAGAUUUGCAGGAAAACAAGGACAUAAACUUGCAAUUACAAAUUAUCCUCAAGGAAUUCCUCAAUCACUGGUGUCUCCAACGGAGAGCGUGGAUUCUGUGAAAUUCAUAGCAAGUCCGACCUGCCUUCCGUCACGAGGCGAUGAUUGGUCUUUGGCGACUCGCGUUGCAAUCGCUUCCAUAACAUCUCAGGGUACCAUGGGAGGGCUUCUUGUUGCUGGUUUUAUGCUGAAAACAGUUGGUUGGAGGCUGAUAGCCGUAACUGGUGCAGUUUAUGGAGCGUUAUAUCUUUAUGAAAGAUUGACCUGGACGAACAAAGCAAAGGAAAGGGCGUUCAAACAACAGUAUGUUAAUCACGCAACCAAAAAAUUAAGGUUGAUUGUGGAUUUAACUUCCGCUAACUGUAGUCACCAAGUACAACAGGAGUUGUCCAGCACGUUUGCUCGUCUUUGCCAUUUGGUGGAUGAAGCUACAUCUGAAAUGGAUACGGACCUCAAAACGAUAGCGACUACUCUCCGAACUCUGGAGGAAGCCGCAACAAACGCGAAAGUCAUGCGUAACAAGGCCAAUUAUUUAGCUAAUGAACUCGAUUUAUUUGACGCAGCUUAUCUAAAAUCAUUGAAUUGAAUGAUGGGGCUGCUGUAGUGUCCGAAGACUACCCUAGUCUUAGAAUCCUGAGUGGCUAGAGAAAUGUUUUUUUUUAUACAUAUACCUAAUUCAGUAUGACGAUUGUACUCACGUAAGUUGAUAACUUUUUUUUACUACAAUGAUUGAUGAGUUUUGAUUGAUCUACAUCAUGAGCAUACAAGUGCAGCUGUCGAAAAUGACUUUCAUCCCAUAAAGAGUCUUAAUAGCUACUACGAUAUAAGAACGGUUCGUCAUAAGAAUUUUAUCGUCAACGCACAAAAAUUGCGGUAAUUAAUAUAUUUUAUCUUAAUUUUUUAGAGCGUCAUAUUGAAUUCCGUAUAGAUGAAUUAAUUCGGUAACCUGCAUACCACAAAUGGAAUGUUGUAUCUAGUCUUAAUACCUGAAGUCCCAAUCAACGAUCGAGCAUCAGCCAUUAUCGUGAAAUCCCUCAAUGAAUUUGGGUAAUAUUAUUACUCGCAGGUAGUAAUUGGCAUCUGAGUUUUUUAUUCUAUUUCUUUUAAAAUCAUUUAGUUUCUAGAUCUAUUACAGAGAAAUAUUAAUACCAAAAUCGAAUAAUCAUGAUAUUGAUCUAUUACCCCCUCAAAGAAGAGCAAUUUGUUGAAUAUUAGAUACUGAACUUUAUUCAUUGAGUGAAUGUAUAAAUAGAAUUGUGUUAAUAAAAACAGUUGGUUAUUAUAUACAUGAAA